AUGGUUCAAUUUUGGCAAUUCAUCAAUGACAUAAAAUCAAUUAUUAUAAUGGUGAUUGUUCAAAUUGCAUUUGCUGGUGUCAACAUUACAUAUAAGCUUGCGGCUGUUGAUGGCAUGAACCUAAGGGUUUUAGUGGCAUAUCGCAUUCUUUUUGCAGCUGUCUUCAUGGUUCCUAUCGCUUACUUUCUUGAAAGGGAAACCAGACCAAAGUUAACAUGGACGAUUCUAGGCCAAGCUGUUCUCUAUGGACUAUUUGGUUCACUGGUUCAUAAUCUGUUUUUGGAGAGCCUUGUAUUAACCUCUGCCACCAUUAAUGCUGCUAUGUUAAAUCUUAUUCCUGCUGUUACCUUCAUUCUUGCUGUUUUUUUCAGGUUGGAGAAGGUAUCACUAAAAACAUUACCAGGAACCGCAAAGGUUAUGGGAACUGUACUUGGAAUUUUAGGUGCAAUGGUGCUUACUCUUUAUAAAGGUUUUGAAAUAAAGAUAGGGUCACCAAACACUCACCUAAUGAAAGGGGCGGCUCAUGGUCAUGGACCGGGGGUGCAUGACGCGCGAGACCAUUUAAUUGGGUCCGUAUUUGCUGUAUGUGGCUGCUGUUGCUAUGCUUCUUGGUUGAUUGUACAGGUGUUGAUAACCUCACUUAUUUCAUGUAUAAUUUUUUUCUGUUUUCUAUGUUUAGAACAUUCAUAUGCCAUAAAUUGGGGUGAUGCUCUCGUGUUCGCGUUGUGCAUGGAUCGAGACUUGAAGUCCUGGAAGUUGGGUUGGAACAUUCGACUUCUCACCAUUGCUGGAAUUGUCGCUUCAGGUGUGAUGGUGACAUUAGUAGCUUGGUGUAUUCGUCUUAAAGGGCCAUUGUUCGUGUCCAUAUUCAACCCUUUAAGGGUGAUUAUAGUUGCAUUUGCUGGAUAUCUUUUUCUGGAUGAGAAAUUAUAUUUAGGAAGUGUACUAGGAGCAAUAUUAAUCGUGAUCGGAUUAUACGGAGUAGUAUGGGGUAAAGGGAAGGAGAUAAAGAAAAAGGCGAAGUUAGUUCCUUCAAUCAAUUGCGAGGAUUCAACUAAAGAUAUUGAAAUAAUCACAUCUUCAGUCCUUGAUGAAGGGAACAAGGCUAGUAAAGAUAAUGUUAUGAACAAUGCUUCAACAAGGCCAAAGUGUGCAGCAAAGGAAGAUGAUGAUCACUCAUUGCCAAACGACGAUAUUGUUGUUGAUGCUCAAGGUAAAUCUAAAAGAGUAGAUGGAAUAUCGUGAAAAUGGCAAAAUUAGAGGUAGUUAUUAACUGUUUGUAAUCUUGUAUUUAUUGCAAGUUUAAAUUUUUUUUAAAAAGGCAAUUGUAUUAUCUGUCCUUUAUGUUUCUCCAAGACUGAAUGUU